GUCUCGUUCUGGAGGUGCAAAAUUUCAACGACAUCGGAUACAGUACCGUCCACACUCAGUAAUUGCAACACCAGACAGCGCGUCGCCACGCACACACCCAGGACUCAACAUGGCCCUCACUGCUGAGCCCGUCGCGCAACUGUCUCACCUGCCCAAGGCGGACGGCUCGGCGACUUUCUCAUGCUGCGGCUUCACCGUGACCGCCGCGGUCAACGGACCGGUCGAGGCUCCCCGGCGGGAUGAAAACGCCUUUGAGGCCCUCGUCGAUGUCGUCGUGCGGCCCGCCGCUGGCGUCGGAGGGACCGCCGAGCGACAGCUGGAGUCGCUGCUCCAACCUACUCUUCGCCAGCUUAUCCCCGUGCGCAACUUUCCCCGUUGCAUGAUUCAAAUCACCUUGCAGGUCAUGGAGAUGCCGGAGAACGCGUACGUGAACGCAAAGAUUCUCCAAGCACAGCUGAACUUGGCCAUCAUCCCAGGCCUGAUACACGCCGCCAUCCUGGGUCUCCUUACCGCCGCGGUUCCUCUCAAGACCAUAGCGACGGCUGUGACCUUGGCCAUCGGACCAGACGACGCGGCUGGCAUCGUUGUGGAUCCAACCAUGGUACAGGUCGACAAUGCAAAGUCAGUCCAUGUCCUCGGUUUCACCGCUGACGACGAGCUUCUCUUGGCUGAAAGCUCCGGCUCCUUCUCCACCGUGGAAUGGGACCAGGUUCUGGAAACUGGACAGCGGGCAUGCUGUCAGGGGCGCAGCUCAGGACAGGACACGGUCAUGACAGAUGGCAUGGCCGGGUCGGCAAGCAUUCGACGAUUCAUCCGAUCCGUCAUGGAGACCAAGACUGCAGCAGACCUCUACUGGAAAUGAUUGCGGGCAUAUGCAACCCCCUUGAACCCGACAUCUCGUCCUCGCAGCUGAUUUCUGCUACGCAUGAUGGCGGGAAUGGAGCGAGCGCGCGCGUAUGGUAAGCUUGUGCCACACCUGCAGGGCUCCCAAGAUCAAUCAGGCUAUGCGAAGUGUGUGGGAGGGACGGUCGCAGCCUCGCACCUUCAAUCAAGGCAGUGCAAGGCGGGAGCUAGGCCCGCGAAUGGUCGAUCAAAACACAUGAACAAGAUCGAUGCGUGGCUCCCAUACAACCCAAGCUCGCAAAUGCUAGUGGAAAGACUGCGGCGCUUGUUGUGAUAGGGAGGAUACAGGAGGGGAGCGAGUGGCGGGGUGCCUCGGUUUCAUCUCGACGUCAGGACUGACCCCAAGCGUGUUACACAACGCCUCGGAGAUUUCACCAGCGGGAGCAGUCCUAACGAAAAGAGACGACUGCACGAACCGACGAUUUGGCUCGAUGUGCCGAGUCGGGUGGCCGUGCGCGGCUUCGCACAUAGUCGUCGUCUGUAUGUUGCAGGUGAGGGACCAGCACCACCGGGUCUGGUCCCAUGCAGUACUGCGGAGCACAAGUAUAUUGGGAGGCGCGGGUGCUUGCCGGGCGGCACUGGCCGGAUCGCCAACAGCCAGGUCGAUGCAAGAGGUCAAGCCAGCCAAACGGACUAUGCUCUAUACCAAGAAUCAGGAGAAGGGGCCCGCGGGACACCGGGCUCUCCUGCUUGUACUUUUUUACUGUGCUGUAUGUACUUGGGUGCAAUAGUUCGGCUAAUGUCAAGGUGCGACGCCCAAGACGCGGCACCAAAGAGCAC